UGUGUGUGUGUGUGUGUGUGUGUACAUUACGCGUGACACGACACAUCAGCGAUCAGCCAUCAGGCAUUAACCUGCUGCAGGAGGAGGGCGAGAAGGAGCACGGAGGGGGUGUGUUAGUGUGUUAGUGGAUGAGAAAGGAGGGAUCCAGGAGCGCCGCUCUCCCCUCUGGAAAAUUAACGGCUCUAAGCCGCGCCCACGAGCCGAGCCUCUCAGAACGUUAGACGCAGAAGCCUGAUCAGAUCCACGCUGGCUCGGAGGUAAACCGAGCUUUCACUGCAGAAGUGCUGGAGAGCUGGACCAUGCCUGCGCCUGGCGCUCAGAGAUAGGGAUGGAGUCGCGCCCGUGGGGGACCGUCGCCCUGAUCAGCGCCUGCUGCUGCUGGCUGGCCGCGCUGGCGGAGGUGAUAGGUGAUGACAGCUACCUGAAUGCAGUUCUAAAUACAGUCCCUCUCUCCUGUUCAGAAGGUUUUACUGAGUUGGGCUACUACAAUGGCACAGUGUCUCAGACAGAUUCAGGCUCACCUUGCCUGAAGUGGACAGAGUUUCCUGAUUAUGUGCAGCAGUACCCUGGCCGAGGCCUUGGAGAGCACAAUUACUGCAGAAACCCCGAUCGUGAAUCCAACCCCUGGUGCUUUUUCAGACAGAGCUCUGGUGCCAUUGGCUGGGCUUACUGUGACUGCCACCAGGGUGCGGUCAGGCUGGUGGGGGGCUCCUCCUCUAAAAGUGGUCGUCUUGAGGUGUACCUGAAUGGCCAGUGGGGAUCUGUGUGUGACACUCACUGGACUGACCGAGAUGCCAGUGUGGUCUGCAGGCAGCUUGGUCUGGGUGAGAUCGGCACUGCUCUUCAGCACUCCUACUUUGGUCCUGGUUCUGGCCUCUUCCACUACACGCGCCUUGGCUGCCGUGGCAACGAAAGCUCUCUCCUGGAGUGCCGGAGCAGGAAGUUUGUAACCAAUGACUGUAACCAUGGCAACGAAGCCGGGGUGUUGUGUGCCCCACCUGAAGGCACCGGCCCCCCUCUCAGGCUGGUGGGAGGGGAGGAGGACUUCGAGGGGAGGGUGGAGAUCUAUCACAAUGGACUCUGGGGAACCAUAUGUGACGACCAGUGGGACGACAUGGAUGCUGAGGUUGUUUGCAGACAGCUUGGACUCGGGGGCAUCCCAAAGGCCUGGUCUUGGGCUCAUUUUGGACAGGGCAGGGGUCCAAUCCAGCUGGAUGCUGUGCAGUGCACAGGGAAUGAGCUCUCACUGGAUGAGUGCCCUCACAGUGGCUGGGAGCAACACAACUGUGACCACAUGGAGGAUGCCGGAGUGUCAUGCAACCCUUAUACCGAUGGAGUGGUGAGACUGGUAGAUGGAGACAACCCGUGGGAGGGCCGUCUGGAGGUGUAUCACUCUGGAGACUGGGGCACAGUCUGUGAUGACAGCUGGACUGAGCAUCAUGCACAGGUGGUGUGCAGACAGCUGGGCUUCAGAGGAAGUGCAGAGGUGGCUCCUGCUGGGGCGUUUGGUGAGGGAACAGGCCUGAUCCUGAUGGAUGAUGUGCAGUGUGAGGGAACUGAGUCUUCACUGCUGGAGUGCAAACACAGCGUGUGGGGUCGACAUGACUGCUCUCACAGCGAGGACGUGGGCAUACGGUGUCACAGGGCAGAGACUAACGAUGUUCAACUUGUCCCAGAAACAACAGGUCCUCUGGUGCGGCUGGCAGGUGGGGACGGCAGGAAGGAGGGCAGAGUGGAGAUAUUCUUGAACGGAGAGUGGGGCAGUGUCUGUGAUCACGGAUGGAAUGAUGUCAAUGCUGCUGUCGUCUGUAGACAGCUUGGGUUCACCGGAGUGUCAAAGGCACGGCCAAUGGGUUACUUUGGCUCUGGGAAGGGCCAGAUCCAUUUGGCCAAUGUGAGGUGCACAGGCAAAGAGUCUUUCCUAGGAGAGUGUCCUGCCAAAGGGCCAGACAGCCAUGUGUGUAAGCAUGGCCAGGAUGCAGGCGUGGUAUGUGGCUAUGUUCCAGAGCCAGAGGCAGACAUCGCUAUAGUGGGGACCCAUACCUGCGGCAUGAGGGGAGGAGCUGAAAGACGCAGCAAGAGGAUUGUCGGCGGGAACAAGUCUCUCAAGGGAGACUGGCCAUGGCAGGCAUCACUGUGGCUCAGAUCUCAGUCAAGAGGUUCACAGCCCUUGUGUGGAGCCACUCUCAUCAACUCCUGCUGGAUUCUCACUGCAGCGCACUGUUUCAAACGGUUUGGCACUGAUGCGUCUCGGUAUGUGGUGAAGCUGGGUGACUAUCACACAGAGGAGCAGGAUGACUUUGAGCGUGUGCUCACUCCGGAUCAUGUGGAGGUGCACAGGAAGUACAGCAGUGAGAGCUGGGAGCAUGAUGUUGCUCUGAUUCGGCUGAAGGGAGCUGAGGGGAAGUGUGUGUCCUUCAACCCUCACACUAACGCAGCUUGUCUGCCUGCACCUGGCAGCAAAUGGGGCAAGAGACCUGCUUCAUGUGUCAUCACAGGCUGGGGCGUGUCAGACACUAAUCGCCCUCAUACCCUGCUACAGGCCUGGGUUCCUCUCCUCCCCUCAUGGCAGUGCAGGAAGCAAUAUGGUGAGCGCUUCACCAGUCAUAGCAUGCUCUGUGCUGGCAGCAUGACCCCUGACCCACAUCGACAUGCUGACAGUUGUCAAGGGGACAGCGGUGGUCCUCUGGUGUGCCAGGGAGAGUCAGGCCGCUGGGUGCUCACAGGUGUCAUCUCCUGGGGUCACGGCUGCGGUGACCCGUCCUACCCAGGCGUGUAUGCACGAGUCAGCCGCUAUCUCCCCUGGAUCGAGCAGGUGACACACAGCAGGGCUCCUCUCCAGCACUGAACUACGACCUGACAAUUAUCACCAGACUCUAGACAUGGGAAAGAAGAGCCAGACAGCAUUGGGCACCAUGUAUUGCUCAACACUGCACUCUGCAAUAGCCCUGGAUCCUACUCUAUUCUACCCAGUCUUAUCUCUUCUUACCUGGCAUUGAUCCUUAGCAUUUAGAGAUCUUGGUCCUUAACAUUUAGUCUUUAGGCUCAACACUCUGGAAAUCCAAGGUCAUACUGAUUGAUGUGAUGUGAAGUUUGAGGGAUAGGUGUUCUUUAUUUCUAUGUUGUUGUGCCGUCCAGAGGCUGCAGUGCAUGUUAAUGUGUAUAUUAUAUUCAAAAGCCAUUCAGUGCAGCCGCCAGUUUCUCUGCAUGGUAGAUAAUGAGCCACAGCUCUCUGGAGCUGGUUUAUUUCUUUCUGUGGAUAUGUCGCUCCUGUACUGACAAAAGCAAAACUCUUUCUUAACCCUUCGGCUGCUGAUUACUGUUAACCCAUUUCGAAGACGAAAAUUUAUAGCUCAUUAAGAAUGAAUUAUUUAUAAAUUCUUUAAUAAUCAUUAAGAUUACAAUCAGUGUUGUGACAUUCUUUUGUUUACUUGACUGGCCAUUAAAUGUGUAGGUUGUUUUCGUAAACAGUGACAUUAGAUAAAGCCAUUAUGCUAUCACAAAUGCCUCAGAAACAAGCAUUAGACAUACACUAAAUGCCAAAUAAUGUUAAUGAAAUGAAAACAACUUCUAAUCUGGGAUUGACACAUUCUAUUUCAUUCCUAAAAGCUCCCAGAAACACCAAGAAGCAUAAAUAUGUAUUACUUUCUUUUAGAAUUGUCUGUCAUUUUUGACAGUAGGAAGUGUAUUUUAACUUUAAUAGGGAAUAGCCAUACUUUAUUUACAUGGUACAUGUGCUUUUGUUCGUGACAGAAUGAUGACAUUCCAGAUGGCACUUCACUUGUUAGAGCAGAAAAUGUAGUUUUCUUUGUCACACAAUUUCCCAGUUUCAGUAUUGCCUUCAACCUGUAAGUGUUAUUGUGCUAAUUGUAAAGAAAUUGGGAAAAUGUUCAUUUAUUGGUUUAGGUAGAAUCACUUUAUCUUGUCACAUGCCAUGAUGUUACUGUUUGGUUGUAUGGAAUGUGCAUUAUUCAUCCAGUGGGUGGCAAUAUUGUGUUUUCUACAGGACUGGAUUUCAGCUAUACAGUAGGUCAUGUAAUGUAUUAGUCUUAUAGAGUGUGUCCUUUGCUUUUAAAAUUAGACAGUUAUCUGUGAAUACAAUAUUAAAUUAAGGCACAAGAUUUUGCUAAAGGUUGUUGCAGUGACAUAUAUGGCUUUUUUUGCAUUUACAAAAAUUGGGGGGAAAAACACGAGUAGUAAGGGCUUUGUAAAAUAUUACUACUAAUAAUUAGCUCCAUAUUUACUGUAAAUAAGAAGUUGAGUGACAUUGUCUUAGAUACACAAAGUUUUCUUUGAAUGGUAAUUAAUGUCUGGUGAAUUUGACAAGGUUCUCUGUAAAUAUUUCCAUUAGGCCAAAUGUCAGACGGCAGGUGUAGUAUUUCUUACAAAUGAUUAAAUGUGAAGCCAGUGUUGUGUUACACUUUUUCUCUUGUACAUCCAUAAGGAUGAGAUUUGCCCAUGGGCACAUUUGAAACAUAUAACAUUAUAUGCAUAGAUAUUUGUCCUUAAACUGUAGUUUAACAAGCGAUGCGCAUAAGCUCAUUAACAUAAAACUACUAUUCAUUCAGUCUGCCUUAGUAUAAAGGUAAGGUCAGGUAUAAAGGUAAGGUUUUAAAGAUUGAUCAUUACAAAUUAGUUCUAACACUCUGCAAAAUUAAUUAUACCUUACCAAAAUUGCAAGACUUUUGUCUCUGUAGGCCUGCGUAUUGCCACGCCAUUGAAACACACGUUUAAGAUUAGAUAUCUUGUCUGUAAGUAAGAGAACUGUGUAAAUUUGAGUGGUAUAAUGGUGUGCCUACUCUAAUCAGUUUAAGCCAUGUUUUUGUGAUCUGGCCUUCAGAAGAAUGCUGACCAUCACUAGGGCUUAAAAGUGUUAUAUGAAGAGCUAUUAGCUUCAUUCCACAUGAUGGAGAAAUGGGGCGAUGAUGUCAGUUGCAUGUCAUACAAUCAUUUGUUUGUAUAUGAUGAAAAAUCAUUCAGUCUUCUGUGAAAUUUCUGCUAGCUCUGUAAAAAAAAAAAAUUUUAUGUGUGACAGGUGCCAAAAUAAAAUUUCUUCUUGUGGCA